AGUGUAUCGUCUAUACAUUGAAAAUCUAUGAAAAAUUUUCGCAUCUGCAAGUAUUAAAAAUCCAUGGCAAAUGAAUUAAAGAAAUAUGUCUUCAUAUAGAAGCUAUUAUGAUUAUCGAAAGAGCUAUGAAACUCGGAGUACAAACACAACACCUAGUUCAUCAUCAGCCGCAAAUAGUAAAAGUGCAUCCUCUAAAAGUACCACGCCAAAGCCUGAAGAUGAAAAAGUUUCAAAAUAUACAACUUCUUAUCGGAGAUUUCCCCAACCAUCGUCAGUACCCACACCAGAAUCUACAUCAGAGAGUAAAAUAUCAAAAGAAAUGCGUGCUAAAUAUGGGCCAGAUGGUUACAAACCAAAGACAGAUCCACCAAUCACGUACAACAACAAAAAAUUUGAUAACACACCACGUUACAGCCUAUCAUCAUCCAAUACUUCAAGUACACCACGAAGUCGUGGUACAAGCCCGGUAUCACUUCCAAAAACAGAAUCACCAUUAUACUCAACAUACACACCCUAUAAAUCAGGUUUUUCGACCACCAGUAGUGCAUUAAAUAAAGACAAAACCACCUCAUCAACAGCAAGUUCACGGCGUGGUUCUCGAGAAGAUUUAACACGUGUUGGUACAGUCACAGCAUCUUUGAAACCAGCUAUAUCAAGAUAUCGUACUACCAGUACAAGUUCAACACGUGGAUCACGUGAAGAUUUAUCACGGAUUGGUUCAUCGACUCGAGGCACGUCAUUGACUCGUCGUGAUUCUUCGGUAUCGCGACGUGAUUCUGCUUCAACAUCUAAAUCCAGUUUGGCAGCACCAUCAACUUCUAUAUCUCGUCGUAAUUCGCGUGAAGAGUUAAAUAAAAUUGGUACAACCACUACACCGUUACGUUAUUCUGGUUCCACAUCAUUAAAUCGAUAUAGCUUAACAUCACCGAAGAUUGACAAUAAGUUAUAUUCAACAAGCCGUCGAAGCCCUGUACCAACAUCAUCCUAUUCACAUAGUAAUACUACGGAAUUAUCAUCUUUAUUACCCACACCAAAAUCAUUAAAAGAAAAUGACACACCAAAACAAAAUGAUUCACAGAAGAUAUCAACAACAAAACAUGAACAGGUGAAUGACGACACUGAAAAUGAUACAAUUACAGUGACUGUAAUGACACGGGGCACUUCUCCAACACCUCCUACACAAUCAACAAUAACACGUACCACAACAAAACGUUCAGAUAUUGCGCGUCAAAUACAACGUGAUAUACAACGUCCUAAAAUUAGACCAGAAAUGCAUGAUAAAGAGGUGCAAUCAGAUCGUACAGACGAUACAGCACGAUAUUCACGAUACGGGGGAUCCACACGAUCGUCAUCAAGUACAACAUCGUCAUGGAAUUCAUUUCUUGAUAUAAAAUAUACAUCACCAACAAAUAGUUAUUCAAAGUAUACAUCGCCUAGGAAUUCUUCUAUUUCAGCUACAUCAUCUGGUGCGGCGGCGCAAAAUAAAAACGAUGAUAAAAGUUCAGUGUCACUUAAAAAAGAAAAAUCUGAUUCAAGUAUUAAAAGUACAAAAACAAAAUCGUCUUCUUCAUCAAUACCUGCUGCGGUAUCAAAAUCAUCGAAUGAACGUGUUUCACCCAUCAAGUUACCACCCACUGUACCAAAAUCACCAUCGUCAUCUUCAUCUGUGUCAAAUAAAAAUAAUUUAUCAACUUCACAACAUUCCUUAGAACAAAUUAAUAAGGAUUUUCGUAAAUCAGUUUUAAAUAUGAAUCAAUUUUCGAAACAAAAAAGUCGAUCAAAAGGUUCUGUUGCUAGUUCAAGUGAUUCGGAAGCCUCAUCCAAAUCUAAUUUACAAAAGAAACCUGUGUCCAAUAAAAUAAAAGACAUGAAAUCACCUUCCCGGUCACGUAGCACCAGCACUGAUUCUUCAGCAUCAUCAAACAUCAAAGGUUCAAAGUCAAAAUCAGAAAUUUUGGAUCCAGAUAGUCUGACAGAACCAUCAAAAAGUGAGUCACAGUCACGUACAAGUCAAGGUGUAUCGGAAUUAAUAACAGACGAUCAACCUGCAUUUAAAUUUAAAAUCCGACCAGCGGAAUCAGGAGAAGUUGCUUGGUGGUUACAAAAAACUCCAACUGAUUCACCGAAUAAUAGUACGAAUCAAAUGACGGCAAGUAGUCCUAAACAAACAUUUUCUAUAAGACCCGUGGAAUCGGGUGAACGUGCUUGGUGGUUAGGUUCGGAUACAGAGAAUGAUGCUCCAAAAAGUGUCAAUAAUUCAGCAUCAAAUAUUACAAACACAAAUUAUAAAUCAUUUUCUUCGAGUGAUAAUAAUAAAUUAAAGGUGAAACCAAUACGAUUAAUUGAGUCGGGUGAAAGAGCUUGGUGGUUAAAUUCUGAUGGCGAUUCAAAAUCAAAUAAAAGUCAAGUGAAUAAUAAUUCGAGUGAUCCAGAUUUUUGGUCACAAAUUAAGCCUGCCGAUGAAGAUAUAGUUAUAUCACGCAAACAAAUUGAGAGCUCUGAUGAAGAAGAUGAUAGUACAUCCGAUGAAUUGGAAAACUACGUUAUUAAUUCACAGGGUAUUACCGAACCAUUAGGUGAUCGUUUAAGUCCUGAUGGUAUUGAAGCAACAUCCUGUGAAGAUGAAAUGUAUUCAAGGGCACGUCUUAUUGCAACACAAUUUAUAUCAAAACAUACGAAUAUUGAUGAUUUGUUAAAUACAGAACCGAUUCGAGAAAAUUAUAGGAAUAACAGUAAUUCGAGCAGUAGUGGUGCAGCAAUUGGGGGUGGCAGCGGAAAGUUAGAUGACAGUGCACUACAAUUAUACAAAGAUGGUGAUUAUGGUGCAUACCUUGAUUUGGAGGCAUCUAUCAGUGAACAACAGGAGGAAUUUGAUGGGUUUCAGGAUAAUCGGAAAAAUUCUAUUAUUUUACGAACACAACUAUCCGUACGAGUACACAGUAUUAUAGAAAAAUUAUUAAAUUCCGAAAGUCGUGAAUUACGCCGUUCCCUAUUUUCAUUAAAACAAAUCUUCCAAGAAGACAAAGAUUUAGUGCAUGAAUUUGUACAAAACGAUGGUCUAUCAUGUUUAAUAAAAGUUGGUACAGAAAUCGAUCAAAAUUAUCAAAAUUAUAUAUUACGUGCCUUAGGUCAAUUAAUGUUAUACGUGGAUGGUAUGAAUGGCGUUAUUGAACAUAAUUUAACCAUUCAAUGGUUAUAUUCAUUAAUUGCAUCAAAAUGUCGUUUAGUUGUUAAAACCGCAUUAAAAUUAUUAGUUGUGUUUGUUGAAUAUGUUGAAACAAAUUGUAUAUUAUUAAUAAAAGCUGUAAAUAUUGUUGAUCAUACAAAUGGUAAUCCACAAUGGUAUAUAUUAAUGCGUUUAUUAAAAGAUUACGAUCAAAUUGACACGGAAUUAUUAAUAUAUGCAAUGACGUUAAUUAAUAAGUGUUUAAAUGGAAUACCGGAUCAAGAUACAUAUUAUGAUCAAGUUGAUUGUUUAGAAGAACAAGGUAUUGAAAAUAUUAUACAGAAAUAUAUGUCCAGGCAAUGUACGAAUUUAGAUUUGUUACGACAAUUUCAAAUAUAUGAAGCGGUUUUGGAAUAUGAAGAUGGGGAUCAUAAAACUACAUCACAAUCGAUUUGUGAUGAGGCUAUACGAAAAACAUUACGUAAUCGGAAAUCUGUACCAAAUAUAACAAGUGAACGAAGGAAAUCUAGACGACAUUCAACUGGUACUUCUGCGUUGACGAAAAAUAAUUUUUUGAAAUCUUCUUCAUCAGCAACUGGUAUUAAUAAUAAUGGUAUUGGAUUGUUGAAUUUGAAUAAUAAUGGAAAUUUAGGAAAUGGUAAUAAUGGAUUGUUACUACAACAUCAAGAACAACAGCAGCGAAGUGAUGGAGAAGAUGAAUCUUCAAGCUCACAAUCAUCUCAGGGACGUGAAAAGUUUAAUGGGGUUUAUAAUGACAAUAAAGAUGCUAAUCAAGCAGGAGUUACACCAGCACUUCGAAGAAGAAGAGAACGAGCUGAAAGGCAAAGAAGUUUUAUUCGUGAACAAGAAACUGCUGCUGUUUUUGGAUUCAGAGAUGAAAAUAAAAACAAUGGUAUCGAUAUACAACGAAACAACUCAAAUGGUUCCGUAAAACAAAUAUCUAGUCGAGGAACAUUAACGCCACAACUAAGUGCCGAAAACAAUAACAAACAUGACAGCGAAUUAGAGGAAUCAAAUACUACAAAUGGUAUACUAAAAAAACCAUGGGCGUUUCAAAUGAUGUAUUCAAAAUCCCAUGACAACAAUGAUAUUAAUAAUGGUACUAACAAUAAUGAAAUCAAUCGUGAAAAUGAAAAUAACAAUCAAUUUUUACAAUUGAACAAAGAAAAUUCAGUCAAAGAUUUAACACAAAAAUUAUCUAGUCAAAAUAUCUUACAUAGUCCAUCACCAAUUGAUGAAAAUCGUCCAAAUCGUAUUGGUGACAUGACUGGUUUAAUAUUUAAGGCAAAAGAGGGUUUGGCAAAAUCCAAAUCGAAAAUUGAUGUAUUACGUAGUCCAACGAAUGAACAACAAACACCAAAAUUCACGGUACCAGAAGUCAAGAAAACUGAAAGUGAAUUACAUUGGGAGGAAUUAGCACGUACCAUAAAUAGACCACUCAAUUUAUGUGAUCUAGAUUUUACGGACUUAGCUAGUGGUGAUGAACUUGAUGUGUUAGCACCAAGUUCUGUUAUACAUGGUGGUCCACCACCGCCUCCUCCACCAUCACAAGGUGGAGGAGUUGGGGUUCCAUCGUGCCCUGCUGUACCACCUAUAUGUCCAUCAGGGCCACCAUCAUGUCCACCGGCGUUCUCUUCAACGUUUCGUGGUUUUAGUAGGAAUAAUGAAAAUAAUAUGAAUAAAAAUAAUAACUCGGCAACAUUAAAUAAGAAAAAUAAAAAAACUGUGAAGUUAUUUUGGAAAGAAGUGCGAGAAGAUCCUAUUUCUCUUGUUAAAUUGCAAACAUGUGGCAAUAAUGGUAUGAUUUGGGAUGAAUUAAAACCUGUUUCGAUUGAUACACAAAAAUUAGAACAUUUAUUUGAAUCACGAGCAAAAGAUUCUCUUACAAAAAAACAGCAAGAACUAAAUAAAAAUAAAGAAAUAAUCGUAUUAGAUCAUAAACGUUCAAAUGCCAUAAAUAUUGGUAUGACAAAAUUACCACCCCCACGUACAAUAAAAACGGCUAUUUUAAAAAUGGAUGCAACAAUAAUGAACCGUGAAGGUAUUGAAAAAUUAUUAACAAUGUUACCAACCGAAGAGGAACGUACACGGAUACAAGAUGCACAAGCAGCAAAUCCUGAUCUACCAUUAGGCAGUGCUGAGCAAUUUUUAUUAACAUUAGCAUCAAUAUCGGAAUUACCAGCACGAUUGAAAUUAUGGGCAUUCAAAUUAGAUUUUGAAUGUAGUGAACGUGAAAUUGCUGAACCAUUAAUGGAUCUCAAACAAGGCACUGAACUACUUAAAAUAAAUAAAACAUUUAGGGGCAUAUUAAGUACAUUAUUAUCAAUUGGAAUCUUUUUAAAUGGUUCAGAUGUUAAAGGUUUUCAAAUUGAUUAUUUAGCAAAAGUACCUGAAGUUAAAGACACUGUACACAAACAUUCAUUGUUACAUCAUUUAUGUCACAUGGUUAUGGAAAAGUUUCCUGAAUCUACUGACUUAUAUUCUGAAAUUGGUGCCAUUACACGUGUAUCAAAAGUUGAUUUUGAUGAAUUACGGCACAAUAUACAACGUUUGGAGACUGAUUGUAAAGCAUCAUGGGAUCAUUUAAAAUUAAUUGCAAAACAUGAUGGUACAACAUUAAAAGUAAAAAUGUCUGAUUUUCUUGCCGAUUGUGCCGAACGUAUAAUAUUAUUAAGUAUAAUACACCGUAGAGUAUUAAAUCGUUAUCGUAAAUUUUUAUUAUGGAUUGGAGUUCCUUUACAUCAAGUAGCUGAUACUAAACCAAAUGAUUUUUGUCGUAUUGUAUCUGAAUUUGCAUUAGAAUAUCGUACAACUAGAGAGCGUGUUCUACAGCAACUCGAAAAGAAGGCAAAUCAUCGAGAGAGAAAUAAGACUAGAGGAAAAAUGAUUACAGAAGUUGGUAAAUUUAGUUCAAAAGAAGAAAGAGCAGAUGCAGAACUCAGGCAUGUAUUAGGUACAAGUGAUAUCUCAGACAUUGAAGGUGGUGGUACAUUGCCAUGGAGACGACGUAAAGAACAACCAAGUCGUCUUAGUGCUAAAAUAGCUUUAAAUGGUGUUGGUGACUUAACAGAUGCCGAUGAUGAAAUACUUGAAAGUCUUGUUAAAACUGCUACAAAAGCACCAACAACUAGAACAAUGCCUCGUGAACGAAAACGAACUAGAAAUGUAGACAGAAAGUCAAAACAAUAUGAAUCGUAUUUCUGGAGGUAGUACCCACACAAUUCGGAAAUAAAUUUUAACUGAAUCGCAAAAAAUAAACUGCCUAUUAUAAGGACCAUUAUUUUUCAAAAAAAAAUAAAUAAUUCAAAAGUUAAA